AUGAACCACUCCUGUGCUGACUCAGGUGCUUUACAUCAUCACUUUCAAAUCACCGGAGUAUCUGUUCGGGUCAGGGCGAUGGCUGCUGCCGGUCUCCGCAUCCAAGUCGCUGAAUGCUAUGAAAGCCUUUGCCUCCAUCUUGAUGCUGGGUCAGAUUGCCGAGGAGUUCUAUGA